CAGCGGCUGCUCCGCGCCCUGCCCAGGCAUGGCUCAGCCCUCGGGAUCCCGGCGGAGCCGGCGGACAGGAAGCUUUAAAUUAUUCCUUCCUCUUGCUGAUGACCGGGUUCCUGUUUGAUCCUGUUUACAAGCUUUCGAAGAUUGAAAAUAACCCCAACUCCUCUGCAUUGGUGUUGGAAGCAGAAGAAAAGAAAAAGGAGUUGAGAAUUGAAGCUGGGAGACUUGGCAGCUAAUUCGGAGACAGCGGGUGUGUAAGCAGCCCCUUGGAAAGAGGACCAGGUGUAGUUUCUGACAGAACUGAAUGGAGAUGAUCCCAAGCUGAAAGUCAAAACAGGAUCUUCUUUUAAGUUCACCGAGUGACCUACAGUUUUAUUCCAGCGCCUAACACAGGAUGUCUUCCAAGCGACCAGCCUCUCCGUAUGGGGAAGCAGAUGGAGAGGUAGCCAUGGUGACAAGCAGACAGAAAGUGGGAGAAGAGGAGAGUGACGGGCUCCCAGCCUUUCACCUUCCCUUGCAUGUGAGUUUUCCCAACAAGCCUCACUCUGAGGAAUUUCAGCCAGUUUCUCUGCUGACGCAAGAGAACUGUGGCCAUAGGACUCCCACUUCUCAGCACAACACAAUGGAAGUUGAUGGCAAUAAAGUGAUGUCUUCAUUUGCCCCGCACAACUCAUCUACCUCACCCUUGAAGGCAGAAGAAGGUGGGCGUCAGAGUGGAGAGUCAUUGUCCAGCACAGCCCUGGGAACCCCAGAAAGGCGCAAAGGGAGCCUAGCGGAUGUUGUAGACACCCUUAAGCAAAGAAAAAUGGAAGAGCUCAUCAAAAAUGAGCCAGAAGGGACUCCAGAAAGCCUUGCUGAGAAAGAAAGGCAGCUCAUGGGUAUGAUCAAUCAGCUGACCAGUUUGCGAGAACAGCUGCUAGCAGCUCAUGAUGAACAGAAGAAGCUGGCUGCAUCACAGAUCGAGAAACAACGCCAGCAAAUGGAGCUGGCUAAGCAGCAACAGGAACAGAUUGCAAGACAACAGCAGCAGCUUCUGCAGCAGCAACACAAAAUUAACCUUCUUCAGCAACAGAUCCAGCAGGUCCAGGGUCAGCUGCCUCCAUUAAUGAUUCCAGUAUUUCCUCCAGACCAACGAACCCUAGCAGCAGCUGCACAGCAAGGAUUCCUUCUUCCUCCUGGUUUCAGCUACAAAGCGGGAUGCAGUGACCCCUACCCUGUUCAGCUGAUCCCAACUACCAUGGCAGCUGCUGCCGCAGCAACACCGGGCUUAGGCCCUCUCCAACUGCAGCAGUUGUAUGCUGCCCAACUUGCUGCGAUGCAAGUGUCUCCGGGAGGCAAGAUACCUGGCAUACCCCAGGGUAACCUUGGUGCUGCUGUAUCCCCUACCAGCAUCCACACAGACAAGAGCACAAACAGCCCUCCACCCAAAAGCAAGGAUGAAGUGGCCCAGCCUCUGAACCUUUCAGCCAAACCCAAGACAUCUGAUGGCAAGUCUCCCACAUCACCCACCUCUCCUCAUAUGCCAACUCUGAGAAUAAAUAGUGGGGCCAGUUCACUAAAGUCUUCUGUGCCAGCAACAUUAGCUAGUCCUUCGGCCAGAGCUAACACAAUAGAUAUCCUUUCUUCUAUCACGUCGUCAGGUUAUUUAAAUGACCACGAUGCUGUUACCAAGGCAAUCCAGGAGGCCCGACAGAUGAAGGAGCAGCUUCGGAGGGAACAGCAGGUGCUGGACGGGAAGGUGGCCGUUGUGAACAGCCUGGGUCUCAACAACUGCAGGACAGAAAAGGACAAAACAACACUGGAGACCCUGACUCAGCAGUUGGCAGUAAAACAGAGUGAAGACGGGAAGUUCAGCCACGCGAUGAUGGAUUUCAACAUGAGUGGAGAUUCUGACGGAAGUGCAGGAGUCUCAGAGUCUCGAAUUUAUCGGGAAUCCAGAGGGCGUGGUAGCAAUGAACCCCAUAUCAAGCGCCCAAUGAAUGCAUUCAUGGUGUGGGCUAAAGAUGAGCGGAGGAAGAUCCUUCAAGCCUUCCCUGACAUGCACAACUCCAACAUCAGCAAGAUAUUAGGAUCUCGCUGGAAAGCUAUGACAAACCUAGAGAAGCAGCCAUACUAUGAGGAGCAGGCCCGACUCAGCAAACAGCACCUGGAGAAAUACCCAGACUACAAAUACAAGCCAAGGCCGAAGCGUACCUGCCUUGUAGAUGGCAAAAAACUACGCAUUGGCGAGUACAAGGCUAUCAUGCGCAACAGACGCCAGGAGAUGAGGCAGUAUUUUAAUGUUGGGCAACAAGCACAGAUCCCCAUUGCCACCGCGGGCGUAGUUUACCCAGGAGCCAUCGCCAUGGCAGGAAUGCCUUCCCCACAUCUGCCCUCGGAGCACUCGAGCGUGUCCAGCAGCCCGGAGCCCGGGAUGCCCGUCAUCCAGAGCACUUAUGGCAUCAAAGGCGAGGAGCCUCAUAUCAAGGAGGAGAUGCAGACCGACGACGUCAAUGGAGAAAUCUACGAUGAAUACGAUGAGGAGGAGGAUGACCCCGAUGCGGACUAUGGCAGUGACAGUGAAAAUCACAUUGCGGGGCAAGCCAACUGAUCGGGGUCCAAAUAUCUCGUGACCUACAGGACUUCAAGGAGAAAAGAAAAAAAUAAAUAAAGCCCCAUCUGGUUUAUCCUUGCCAGUGGCCAAGCACAUUAACUUUCUCAUACACUGACUGUUACUUUAACUGUUAGUCUUAACUAGUUGGGACAUCAGCUGACUAAUAGACAUCAGCCUGCAUCAGAAGAAAAAAGGCUCAGAAGAAAGGAAACAAAGACAACGACAACAACAACAACAACAGAAUGAUAUAAGCUAUGGGUAAAAUAAUGCCAGUAAUUCAGCUGCUAUACCCAAGCACUGAAGUCUUACCCGUCGACCUUUUAUUAUUAUUAUUUUUUUUUCAAAUAAACUUUAUGGCUGUUUGUUCUACAAUGUUCUAGAAAUUCUCACUCAGGUACACAGUGCCAACAAGUGGCUUGUGAAUGUGUUUUGUUGUUUUGUGCUACAGUUUAAAGAGAAAUAAUUUUUUUUUUUUUUUUUUGGUAAUGCACCUGACAGGAAAAGAAAAAAAGAUAAAAUUCCUUUUAAACCCCUCUGUCUCCUCCUCCCCCUCCUCCCUGUCAAAUCUGGGUCAGAAGUGUGUGUGUGUGUGCGCGUGUGUGCGCGUGCCUGUGCGCGUGGCUGGCAAGGAAGGAAGUGGGGAGUCUGUUUCUGUUGACCCCAACAAGCAAUUAUUUCCUUUCAAGAGAGGACUUCUCUUCAUCAGUUGCACACCAUACUGAGUCUUUGAGCAAGUGCCAAAUUUGUACUAAAGCGCUGAACUAGUCCAAUUUGCUUUUUUUAGGUUGGUCUCUUCUUGUUUUGUUUUUCUUUUGCUUUUUGUUUGCUUUCUGCUCUGUCUUAAGUUAGGACAGUGUUGUAUCUUAGACAAUCCCUUGAAGAACCUGAUAUACCAGCAGCUGGUGAGAUUAGACAUAUAUUUUUGGUUUUGGUUUUGCUUUUUAAAGGAAACUGUAGGUGCCAUUCUCAGGUGAAAAAAAGAGAGAGAGAGAGAGAGACAUAAGAAAUUUAGAGAAAAAAUAUUUUAUGGUCUUGGAUUUUCAUGUGUGCGUGUUUAUGGUACUAAUAAGAAUAAUCUUGGACUAUUGUGAGCAAAAAGCGUGUUCCAGAAUGAAGUCCCGCACCCUCCAAAUGUCUUGGUCUGUAAAGAGCCUUUGCUUUUAGUUUACACUUCAAGUGGCAUAAUAAACAACAUAAAAAAGGCUUGUCCAAAACGUGACUUGUUCUGAACAGAACAGGGCAACUGGAAAUGUUAUUUACUUGCUGAGCAUGAUUAGGUUACCACCAACCAUGUCCAGUUUUGAUGAACUCAUACUUUUAGGAUGGCUGAGUACUGAUUUCUGAUUCAAAAGGCAAUUUUUUUUUAACUGACAUUUUUUUCUCCUUUACAUUGGCAGAAAUCCUUUUUUAUCUGUGGGAUGUUUGUGUAGGAAGGAAGACUAUUAGCUAUGAAGAGAUUACCAUAUUCAUAGUGGGCAUGUAAGAACCCAAACCUUUUGUGAUGCCGACUUUCCUCAGCUGUUGCCUCUCACAACUGAAAAACUUACUCUCCUGCACUAAAAUAUUUUCAGAGUUGUUCUAGAGCACUUAGAUAAGUUGCUUGUGCAGUUUUUUCUUCCUUGGGCAAUGACAGCGAGGUGAGGAAGGUGGAAUUACACAAGCCUAAUCCUAAGCAGAAGUUUGCAUUUCCGAUAAUGUAAUUAAAUGUUAUGCUUUAUUUUGGGGGAAAAAAUUAUAUAAAUUAAUUAGAGUUUCUUUUCAUCUCCUUACUGUAAUAUUCCUGUAGGAGAAGAGGACCCUGGUUUGUGUAGCAAGACAGAAGCGUUAGAUAAACUGACCAACCGAACAUCAACGCUGCUCCAAAUUUCAUCCAGCAGCUAUCCCAGAACUGCUCUAUUGCCUGUAAAGGAAAGUCUUAGGAUUGUCCUGAGGCAAAAGCCUUCCUCUGAGUUGAUUUUACAACUGGGGAUGCCAGUUUUAUAUUUAUGUUACUUCAUGGUAAAUUCCUACUCCCAGAGAGAGAUCCAUUGCUGUUCUCAUUGUCUCUAAUUUGUAAAAUUAGCCCCGUGCAUCUUAGUGGCAGUGAGAUCCCAGCCUAAGCAUUCACCAGAACCCUGGUCAUCAGUAUUUGGCAACAUUGCUGUUACAAAUGGUCCCCUAAUCAGGCAAUUUAGCCCUCGCUGCAAUCAGCCAGGUGCAGGAUAAAAGGGGCAGGUAGAAGGAGAGACUGGGAAGGGGGGGAAUGCCUUUCUUUGCCUCUUGAAAUCCCACUUGAAGUGUAACUUGACCUCUGCAGACCUUGUGCAAAGCAAACAAGCAAAUGCCAUUGAAGACUUAGGACAAUACUCCAAAGAGCAGUUUGGAUGUGAUAGUUUUACCCUGCAACAUCUGGGGUUUCUUUUUUUCCUCUUUUCCCCAUUUUGUUUUCCACCUCCACCUUGAAAAAUUCUUUUCUAUUUUCUCUCUCUCAGAAGAUUUGCUCUGAAAUUAUGCUUGGAGUAGCUGAUCAUAUCCUCCAUGUCAGAGAGGGUUCUUUUCGUUUGUAUUUUUUGACUGUGUUGGGUUUGUUUUUUCAGUUGAACUGCCUCUUCUUGCUAGUGUUGUAAUGGUAAUUAUAAUAAUAAUAAUAAUGGUCAGCUGUUCCCAGAUUAGUAAAUUAUGUAUAAUUUAUUUUACACCCCCCCCCUUUUUUAACUUUAUUUUAUUCUGUUCUAAUUUGGCAGUGCAGCAAAUGAAGCUGUUAGGCUAUUUAAAAUGGAUACCCCUCCCCACCUUGCCUUUUUAUAUAUAUAUAAAUAUAUAUAUAUAUACAUAUGAAAACAAAUCGCUUCUUUUUCUGCUCACACCAUUUCUCUUCCUUUUAUUUUAAUUUUGGCCCCAGCCAUGUCAACUUCUGAUGUUUAUUAUGAUGGAGUGAAUUAAUGGGAGUGUUGUUUUCAAUCUUAAUUAACUUCUGCUCUCUCAUCACUCAUUUUAGUUAUUUAAUUACACCAGUCAUCUAGAGCCAAUUUUUUUAAGCACUCUGUUUGGAUAAGAAGGAAAAAAAAAUAGACAAUUGUUUUUAUAUCAUUAUUAUGUACAAUGUGAAAAACAGAUAUUUCCUCCUUUUUUUUUCUUUUUUUUUUUAACUUUUAAAUUUGUUCCCUGUCUUUGUGAACAAAUUACUUCUGACUCUUGUGGGUUCACCUCACAUUUGCUGGAUGCUUGAUUUCCACAACGUUAUAGAGACUCUCUGGUUUAAUUGUGUCACUUUUGGGCUACCAGAAUACUUUGUUUUAGCUCCAGGUAGGUGCCAUUGCGGCAGGUGUGAUUGGAGCAGGUCUUGGGUGCGUGGGCUCGGGGUCAGUGGGAACGAGACCCUUGGGCUUUGGCGGGACUGAGUUUCAAUCCCCAACUUCAGGCUCUGCUGCAGGAGCCGCUCCUGGAGGCAGCCCGGUGUCCGUGAGUAGGGUGGCUCCUGUGCUGGAGGAGCUGAGGCAGCAGGACCUUCUCCCGGAGCCCUCUGCUUUGCUCACCACCUAGGCCUGGGCUGGGGCUCAGCUGAACGCUGAUUUCCUUACCGUGCACGUUUCCCUCCGAGAGGCUACGCUGGGGUUCCCCCAGGGUGGCUUUAGCAGACUCCACCUCCUGCUUUCGGAUGUUGAAAACCGAUGCAGAAAUGUUAAAAAGAAAA